AUGUCCCCGUCAGACGCAGACCCGAACAGCUCGUUACAGUCACGGCACGCGCAAAUGUCCCCCACUACCUCCCCGCCCAACCACCGCCGAACACAGAGCAGCGGAACCUUUCUCUGGGGGGGCGGAAUGAUGGGGGGACUUCCGCCCACGAGCCCCCGAACCAGCGGGUUUGGCGCGGGUUUCGCAGGCAGCGGCGCGCAUUUGCCCCCGCUUAGCCCCCGGGCAGGCGGAAAGGGGGGCGGCGGGCCCUGCCCUUUGCCCAGCCCCAUUGGACGGAGCAAAACGACUGGCGGAAGCUUUUCGAGGGUUUCCGCGGGCGGGCCGCUCGCUGACGUGGCCAGCCUCCCCAGAAGCCGAACUACGUACGCGACAAUGGGGGAAGGCGGAGGGGGUGGAGCGGGGGGAGCGGGGGGAGGGGGACGUGCGGGGAUGGGUGGAGAAGGCAGGGCGGCGGGGGGAGGGGGGCACUUUUCCUUACACGGGCGGAAGGGCACGGGCGGUGUGGGUGGCGGGGUGCCUCGAAGCGCCAGCAGCGGGAACGUGGCGGGUAUGGGGCAAGGCGGUGCGAGCAUGGGGUUCACCCCCACCAUGGGUACGAUGCUUGAUGCUGGCAUGGCGGGAACAGGCGUGCCUCGCAGCGCGAGCAGCGGAAACGUGGCGGGAAUGGGGCAAAGUGGGGCGGGCACGGGGCAAAGUGGGGCGGGCAUGGGGCAAAGUGGGGCGGGCAUGGGGCAAAGUGGGGCGGGCAUGGGGCAAAGUGGGGCGGGCAUGGGGCAAAGUGGGUCGGGCAUGGGGCAAAGUGGGGCGGGCAUGGGGCAAAGUGGGGCGGGCAUGGGGGUGAGCGGCGCGGGAAUGGGAUUCGCCCCCACCAUGGGUACGGUGCUUGAUCCCGCGCGGGGGGGUGGCGGGGUGCCUAGAAGCGCGAGCAGCGGGAAUAUGGCGGGGAACAUGGCCGGCAGCAUGGGCGGCAGCAUGGGCGGCAGUAUGGGCGGCAGUAUGGGCGGCAUGGGGUUCACUCCCGCCAUGGGCACGGUUUUUGGAAGCGCAGGGGUGCCUCGAAGCGCCAGCAGCGGGAAUAUGGGCGGCAUGGGCGGAACUGGCGCGGGCAUGGGCGGGAGCACCGCGGGCAUGGGCGGGAGUGGCGCAGGGACAAGGCUCAGUGGAUUGGGAUUGGGCUCACCUGGUGCACAUAAAGGGGGGACGCACAGGAGAACAAGCAGCGUUAGCAGCGGUGGUGGUGCUGCUGGUGCUGCUGGUGGUGUUAUGCAACAGCAGCAUGGGUACGGCCUGAGCAGCCCCAGCAGCACUGGCAUCAUUGGACGACAUAGGAGAUCGGCAAGUACAAGUCACCAGCCUGAUUCCACCUCCACGAACCUUUUUGACACCAGCAGGAACCUUCCUGAUAGCAGCAGGCCCAAGGGGUUCCGGACGCCGAGAAUCGUGCUUCCCCAUCACGACAACAUCAGCCCUGCCACGUCACCGCACUCCACCAGCCCACGUGGCAGCAGCAGCAGCCUCGCUCCCGGUGACACGUCACUCAAGUCGCCCUACACCAGCCCGCCCAACGCCAGUCCACGGGGCACCCCACCCUCCCCCAGUUACCGCCUCCCUCCCCAUAAGUCUCCUGCCUCUGCUUCUCAUGCUACCUUGCUUCAAGGCCGCGUGCCCGGACCAGCACAAUUACUAGGAGGUUUUACAGGAGCAGCAGGAGCAGCACCAGCCAUCCCAGCAACCUUCUCUCGCUCCCCCAGGCACCGUAGCCCCAGUGUGCUCAGCCCGAACCUGCAGAGCCCGAGCCUCCGCAGCCCGAAGCUGAGAAGCCCGAGCCUCCCCAGCCCCGGCAUCAUCCGAACCGGCAGCUCAAGUCCGGGAGGCAACGCCGCGAGCAACUUAAUCGGCUUCUCCUCGCCGACUUACCUCCCUAGUACAUCAUCCUCGGCGUCUUUAAAUGCAAAUAGUCCUUAUGCAAAUUACCCGUAUACCCCAGGAGGGGGCAGUGUUGUUCACAGCCCACAAUCCAUGGCUGCUCUGGCAGAGAGGGACAAGCAAAAGCUGGCCGAGAUUCAGAGCUUCUUUGCUUCGGGACCCGCAGGGCUAGGCUCGGGAAGGCGAGGUUCGGGGCAGUGGUUGGUGGGGGGAAGCACGCCGCUCCAGUCACCCAGGCCUGGAAUCUCCCCUAAUACCUCCCCUCCUGUGAAUUCACCUUCGAAAGGGGGAGCGAGAGGAGGAAGAGGAGGGAAGAAGGGAGGUAUGGGGUUGUUUCUGGGUCCUAUUCGCACGCCGAGUCCCAGUGAGUAUUACCGGCUUGCUUCGCCUGCUGGUGGAUGGAUGGGCGGGGCGUGGGGACGAGGGGAGGGAGAGCAGGAAGAGGAGGAGGGCGAGGAAGAGGAAGAGGGUGAGGAGGAAGGGGAGGAGGAGGACUGGGGGAGGUACAUGGGUGGAGAGGCGUAUGUGGUAAAUGAGGAAGGGGAGGGAGAGGAGGGACCAGCAGGCGCAUCAGGAGGAGCAGGAGCAGCAGAAAAGGCAGGCAGUGUGGAGGAAGGAGGAGAGAAGGCAGUGAGGGAGCAGGAAAUUCUGACUAAAGAAGCUGUUGCAGCAGCAGCAGCAGCAGCAGCACAAGGGAAGGCGGAAACAGCCCUGAUGCAAGCAGCAGCAGGCGAAGCUUUUAUGAAAGAGACAGCAGGAGGCUCCCAAGGGGGCAAGCAAGGCAAGGCCGACGCAAAAACCAUGGUGCAAGCUGGAGCCGGCGGAGGAAAGUCAGGCGUGAAAGCAAUGGUGCAAGCAGCAGCAAGUGAAGCUGGCAAGAAAGAGACAGCAGCAGCAGCAGCAGGAGGAGGAGGAGGAGGAGGAGGAGGAGGAGGAGGAGGAGGAGGAGGAGGAGGAGGAGGAGGAGGAGGAGGAGGAGGAGGAGGAGGAGGAGGAGGAGGAGGAGGAGGAGGAGGAGGAGGAGGAGGAGGAGGAGGAGGAGGAGGAGGAGGAGGAGGAGGAGGAGGAGGAGGAGGAGGAGGAGGAGGAGGAGGAGGAGGAGGAGGAGGAGGAACAUCGGACGUGAAAGCGCUGGUGCAGGCAGCACUAACAGAGUGGCGGAGGAAGGAGGAGGCGGCAAUGCAGCAGCAGGCCGCGUCGGUGCUGGGCAGGGGAUUGUCGGACGUGCGCAAGGUGUACCAGCUGGGCAAGGAGCUGGGGAGAGGGAACUUCGGGGUGAUCAGGGAGGCCGUGGAUUGGGUGUCUGGCGAACGAUUCGCGUGCAAGAGCGUCAACAAGAAACGACUGGAGUGCCUGGAUGACUUGGAGGAUCUAAGGAGGGAGGUGGAGGUGAUGCGAGUGCUGAAAGGCCAUCCCAACAUUGUGUCGCUGAUGGAUACCUAUGAAGAUGACACGGACGUGCACAUAGUGAUGGAGCUGUGCGAGGGUGGAGAGCUCUUUGAUCGCAUCGUCGCGCGCAACCACUUCACCGAGAGACAAGCAGCACAGGUGUGCCGUACUCUCGCCGACGUGCUGCGCUACUGCCACUCCCACCACAUCCUGCACCGCGACUUAAAGCCCGAGAACGUGCUGCUUGUGUCGACACGCAGUGACACGCGUGUGAAGGUCAUAGACUUCGGUAUGGCCUACCGCUUUCAGGACGGCGAGCGCUGCACCCAACGCGCUGGCACUCCGAAUUACAUCUCCCCAGAAGUCAUCGCGAAAAACUACGGCACCGAGGCGGAUGUGUGGAGCUUAGGUGUCAUACUCUAUGUGAUGCUGUGCGGGCUGCCGCCAUUCUGGGGGGACACAACGGAGGAGAUCUUCUCGAGUAUUCUGUACGAGCCGUUGGAUCUCGAGACCGAGCCUUGGCCGGACGUGUCUGCCGCGGCAAAGGACUUGGUUCGGCGGAUGCUGUGCCGGAGGUUCGACGAGCGGAUCACCGUCCCGGAGAUACUGA